AUGAUAACACCCAGGCUGCUGCUGCGGCAGGGCUCGGUGGUCCUGGCUUUCGGGACCGUGCUGCUGCUGUGGACGGCGCAAUCUUCGAGAGGCGAUGUGCUGCAGGACGACGGCCUGCGAGCAUGGGUGGCAAAGGAGCAGGAGACCAGGCGGGCGAAGUUGCAGGACCUCUUGAGGCAGGUGCCCCUUGCACGCUUGGCUGCAUCUGCACCCGGGCUCCGCUGUUUGCUUCAGAGCCAGCUUGCAGAGCUCGCACAGCCUGCGAGUGAUACUGUGGAGAAGGCCUCUGAGUCUCCGGAGCGUUUCGAGUGCCGAAUCACAUCAGAGUCCAUCGCCGAUGCAGCAGAGGAGUUGGCGAAAGCUGACUACCAAGCGCCGGAGGCUUUAGAUGGCUUUGCCAUAUCUGCCGCGCUAACGGCCUGCGAUCUGCGGCAGAAGACAGCCGAAGCACGUCUCGCAGCCACGGGAAGCUCGGACUCUGCGAAGAUGCUUUUGGACGCAGAGGCAGUGACCAAGGGGGAGGCAGAGUGCGAUGUCUUGCAGAGGCGUGCCCGAGAGGCGCGGGACUUAGAGGAAACUAUCUUGAAACGUUGUCCACACAGGCUGUCCAAAGCAAUACAGAGGCUCUACAGCCAGGAGUUAGCGGCUGCAGAGUCCAUGGUGCGAUUUCGGCGCCUUGCACAGUGGCAGUGCGUGGCCGGUCUCGUUUGGCGCUUGAAAAGCACCUUGCCCUUCGUGGCGCUCUCUUCCUUGCUGUCCAUGGUGCUCGGUGCUUUCUCAUCGAUGCGCCUGCACUACCAGGCUGCCGUCAUCAAUUUAGCCAAAGAUGCCGUCACAGCCUCGACGGGCUCUUCCAAGACAAGGCCUCCAGCAAGCGUUGGGCAGACGGUAGGGGCUAUGGUCGUGAGCGAGCUGAUCAUCCAGCUGGCCGAGUUUGCGCGCGGCCGCUUGAGCUUGCAGGGCAAGUCCAAGGUGGUACAGGAACUCAAAGUGGCUCUUUUUGGUGCGCUGCUACGUCAGGAUCUCGAGUAUUUGGAGCAGUGUGAUCUCCUUCAGCUGCGCUCGCUGAUCGGAAGUUGUGGCAGCACCAUUUCGCAGGUGGUCGAUUUUCCAGCCACCGCCGUGGAAGCUUCAGUCCGCCUUGGCACAGCAGUACUGGCACUCUCCCGACAAAAUCGUGGCCUGGCGGCUUUUUUGAUCAUAAUGCUGCCGCUGAGAUUUAUGCUCAGCCAGCUGUUGCUUGGACUGGAACAGCGGCUGCAGGACUCCAACGCUCUCCCGGAUUUCAGGGGCCAGAUCAAGAGCUGCUGGUCCUCGCUGGUGAGGCCGCCUGCACUGCGUACCAUGCGUGCCUUCGCACGGGAGCCCGUGGAGUUGGCGACCUUCGCCCGGUUCCUGGCCGUUCACGACCAGAUGCAGCAACGGAAGAUGCUGGUGUUUCGCCUGCUGCAGCCAGUCCAGGCCGGCAGCGCCAUCAGCUUUGCUUUACGUGCGUCUAGUGGGCCGGGGAGACGUGGGGAUCCAGAUGCUGCGGAGUGCUGCGCGAUAUCGCCCGUGACAGUGGCACUGCUUGACCAUGGGCUGGAGAUCAGCACGCUCUGGUACGGAGGCCGCCUGGCCAUCCGCGGGGAGAUGCAGUUCGGAGAGCUCGCGUCGGUGGUCCUCAUCGCGCAAAAUGCGUUCGAUGGAGUCAGGUGGGGGUGCCGCGGCCAACGAGAUGUGCAUUGGGACAUCGAGUUUAAGAACGUUUCGUUCGAAUACCAGCAGCGCCAGGGUGCGACAGUCCUGAAAGACUUGUCUUUCCGUGCAGAAGCGGGCGAGUUCCUGGGUAUUCUAGGUGCUACGGGCUCUGGCAAAUCAACGAUUCUUUCUCUACUCUUGCGGUUGUACGAGCCAAGCAGCGGACAGAUUUUCCUGGGAGGCAAGCCCCUGCGAAGUUACAACCCGCUGUGGCUCAGACGGCAUAUCGGCUUUGUGAGCCAGGAUCUCGUCCUGUGCCGGCGUACGGUCAGAGAGAACCUGCUGUAUGGAUGCGUCUCUGUGGGCAUGUCGGGGCAAGCGCAGGUGGAGGAGCCCACGGAAGAGAUCGCCAGGACUGCACUGCGAGCUGCCCAAUGCGAGGAUACCUUCUUCAACCAAGCAGCCUUUCCAAACCUUUGGCAUACGGAUGUGGGGGAUGGAGGGAGUGAGCUGAGUGGUGGGGAGAGGCAGAGGCUCGCACUGGCAAGGGCCAUUGUCAAGAAGCCACGGCUUCUCAUCUUGGACGAGGCAACCUCUGCGCUGGACGAAAUCUCCCAGGCGAAGUUGCAGGAGGAAGUGGAAAUCCUUCGAAGGGAAGAAGGCGUGACGGUCAUUUGUGUGGCCCAUCGCCUGUCAAACCUAGCCAAGGCAGACCACCUCUUGGUGGUGAAGGAUGGUGAGUUGGCCGAGGAAGGGUCGCCGUCGGCGCUGCUGAAGACGGACGGCAUUUUUGCCGAGUAUGCGCGGGCUCAUCAAGCGGUUCUUCAGGAUUCCUGA